AAUUGCGUCACCUUUUUCUUCUUUUUCCAAAUAAUAUUCCCACUUGAACUUGGUGAUUGAUUCAGUGAGGUAAUGCACAAAAACAGAACAACCAUAACCAGAAGCUUCUCUUUGCUCUCUCAUGUACUUACUUUGCUAUUACUGCUAUCUAAACACUUCCUCAACCAUAUCCAGUGUUACAAAAAAACCUUCUUUAGUUCUUAGAUUCACAUUUACAUUACGAAAUUUGCAUUUUUAGAUACCCAUUUGGCAAAAGAAUCCAACUUUGGUGUUUAACAAUGGGGGUUAUCAAACCCAAAUCAUCACCACCAAACCUUGUUUCCUUCAUUGUUUUGCUCUUUCUCACUGUGUCAAGUGUGUUCCUUAACCCAACAAGUUCUGUUUUUGCAACAGCACAACAACAACAACAAGAACAACCUAUUAAGACCAUUGUUGUUUUGGUUAUGGAAAACCGUUCGUUUGAUCACAUGUUGGGUUGGAUGAAGAAGGAAAUCAACCCUUUGAUUGAUGGUGUCACAGGUGAUGAAUGCAACCCGGUUAAUUCCACGAACCCAAGGAAUGGUACAAUCUGCUUCACUGAUGAUGCUGAGUUUGUGGAUCCGGAUCCAGGACAUUCAUUUGAGGAUGUUAUGGAACAGGUAUUUGGUUCAGGAGGUUCAAUUCCUUCAAUGUCUGGUUUUGUGGAACAAGCAUUGUCUCUGUCUCAGAAUCUCUCUGAGACUGUGAUGAAAGGGUUCAGACCUGAGUCUGUUCCUAUUUAUGCCACUUUGGUUAGGGAAUUUGCCGUUUUUGAUAGGUGGUUUUCUUCAAUUCCUGGCCCAACUCAACCCAAUAGGCUUUUUGUGUAUUCUGCUACUUCUCAUGGCUCAACAAGCCAUAUCAAGAAGCAAUUAGCAAAAGGGUAUCCACAAAAAACCAUCUUUGAUUCAUUGCAUGAGAAUGAUUUGGACUUUGGGAUUUAUUUCCAAAACAUCCCCACAACUUUGUUCUAUAGGAAUUUGAGGAAAUUGAAGUACAUUUGGAAAUUCCAUCAGUAUGAUUUCAAGUUCAAGAAAGAUGCUAGAGAUGGAAAGCUUCCACCAUUGACUGUGAUUGAGCCUAGGUACUUUGAUUUGACCGGUAUUCCGGCGAAUGAUGAUCAUCCAUCUCAUGAUGUUGCUAAUGGACAAAUGCUUGUUAAGGAGGUUUAUGAGACACUAAGAGCAAGCCCUCAAUGGAAUGAGUCUCUUCUCAUCAUUACAUAUGAUGAACAUGGUGGAUUCUAUGAUCAUGUCAAGACUCCUUUUGAAAACAUCCCUAGUCCGGAUGGAAACACCGGUCCAGCUCCUUAUUUCUUCAAAUUUGAUAGAUUAGGCGUUCGUGUGCCCACGAUCAUGGUGUCUCCUUGGAUCAAGAAAGGGACUGUUGUAAGUAGGGCCAAAGGACCUACCGAAAACUCCGAGUUUGAGCACUCUUCCAUCCCUGCCACCAUAAAGAAGAUGUUCAACCUUUCAUCUAACUUCUUGACUCAUAGAGAUGCAUGGGCUGGGACAUUUGAGCAUAUUGUUGGGGAGUUAAGUUCCCCAAGAACAGAUUGCCCAGUGACUCUACCGGAUGUAACACCUCUAAGGAAGACCGAAGCGAAAGAAGACGGCAAGCUAUCCGAGUUUCAGAGCGAGGUGGUUCAAUUGGCAGCUGUUCUCAAUGGUGACCACUUCUUGAGCAGUUUCCCCGACGAAAUGAGCAAGAAGAUGAGUGUGAAGGAAGCUCAUGGAUAUGUAAAGGGAGCUGUUUCAAGGUUCAUAAGAGCUAGCAAAGAAGCCAUCAAGCUAGGGGCUGAUGAAUCUGCUAUUGUUGAUAUGAGAUCCUCCCUCACUACUAGAACUUCAAUUCACAAUUGAUAGGAGUAAUUAAAGAAAAAAAAAAGGACAAGUGUGGUUAUCUUUUAUCUAAUUAUUAAUUAUUAUAGGUUGUGAGAUUGUUCUGGUGUUGAGAUACUGUUAGGUUAUUGAAACUGAAGUUUCAAUAGUAGGGAAGGGUGUGUGCCAAUGUGGUCUGUUAUCUUGUGUGUGAAGAAAGGUUCAUUUUGUUUUUAUUUCUUCAAACAUUUACUCGAAGAGUAAUGGUUUGGUUAGUGCUUAAAGUUAGCAGUAGAAAAAUUUUAGUCUUCUUGUACAAAGUACAAAUCAUAUUAUAAAUGAAGCACCACGAUUUUAUUUUC